AUGGGCCAACUCUUACAUUUAUCUUACAGAAUUAUACAGCAUGAUGGCAAUCUACGCAGACUCGGAGGACACCUUAGUCCCGUGCCUCUGGAGGAUGGAUCACGCCAAACAAGAGCUUCACUCCACCGCAUCUGUCGAGGAUGCAUGAACGCCCCGGGCGUGCCUUCCGCCAAUUCCUUCAGCCGACGUGCUGAGGCUUACGUCUCAAGCCAUGGGGCCGUGCAUCGCCCUUGCGGAGAAGGGCCCGGACGAGAAGCCGAGCAGACCGUUGGUUUUACUCGUCUUACGCGAGGCGGUGUGCGUGGAGUUUCGAGGGCACUCGCCUCACUGCCGCCCUGCGCACCGCCGCUGCCCUGGAGGGUGGAUAAUCUACGGACAUCCUCGUUCGGGCCACUCCCACGAAAAUUUUCAAUCAUGAGUAGAUACAAAAAGGUUCGGCCAGUUGCGCCUGCGGGGGAUCUUGCGGCUGCUGACAAUGAGGCAGCACCAAGUCGGUCCGAGCAAUCACCAGAAUGCUCCGGUGAGAGCAGUUUCGCCCAACGCGCUGACCGCGAACGCCAUCGCUUGAAUCCCGUCUACGGUCCUGGUAGUAUAACCAGGGGAGCAGUGCCGCUUGAGGCGCAGUUCAGCAGCUGGGAGCCUCCCGAGCAGCCCGACGGCGGUCGUGCGAGGUCGCUCCGCGUUGCUCUCAUCGGCCCUCCAAACGCAGGAAAAAGCUCCCUACUGAACGCCAUAUUAGGCCAGAAGUUGAGCGCGGUAUCGCCGAAGGUGAACACCACUAGGGGCGAGAUCCGAGGUAUCGUAACGCGGGGCGAUGCGCAGCUGGUCUUCCUCGAUGCUCCAGGCAUCGUCGAAUCUCACCGCAACAAGAUGUUUUGCCGCGAGCUCGUCAGCGCUGCGUGGAGAGGCUACGAGGAUGCAGAUAUAGCACUGCUGGUCAUUGAUACGGUUAAAAGGCCUACUCAAGAUGUGUUCAAUGUCGUCUCAACGAUUGCCCCGAUACCUUCACUCGUCGAACGGGCGUUUGGAGACUCGUAUUCUCACGAUCGGGAGGCCAGCGUUGCGACAAGCCCUUCAGCGGGAGGGCGUGCAGAAACGCGGGCUGCAGAAGGCCUUUUGCAGCACCGCACUGAAGGUGAAGGGACAGACAAUGCAUCCACGGAUGCUAAGGGGAUACCAGUACUUCUGUGUCUAAACAAGGUGGAUUUAGCGUCUCACCCAAAGUGGGUGUACGCGCGAGCAAAGGAGUUCCAGUCCCAUGGGCGUUUCGACAAGAUUUUCCAUCUGUCAGCGAAAAACUCCCGCGGCCUUCAGCCGUUAUUGGACUACCUGUUUUCCCGAGCCAGGCCAGGCGUAUGGGUUUAUCCGCCAGAAAUGAAAACAACGCUGCCGAGAGUACAACAGGUAGCAGAGCUUAUCAAGACGUAUAUCUUCUGCUGGUUCAAUAAAGACGUCCCGUACCGAAUCCAGCAGCAGACAAUUGGGUGGACACAUCGUUUGGAUGGAACCCUGAUUAUCGAACAAGAACUUCUUGUCAAGGAUGAGAAAGUGGCGAAGAUGGUGUGCGGCGUUCGCAACCGAUUGUUGUUCCAGCUGCGGCGAAAUGUUUCUCACAACCUAGAGCAGAACUGGGGGCACAAGGUACUUCUGUAUAUCAACGUUAAAGCCUUGAGGCAACGAGCGCCCUCGAAUUAG